AUGAGAACCUUCACGCCGUUAAUCCUUCUUUUGGUAACCCUGUUGUACCUCGCGAAGAGUCAAUUUAGUAAGGGCGAAUGGAAGGGAGGUACUGAUUGGGGCAUACCCAUCAGGCAAUACCACGUAGGGGGAAAAUGCUUCAUUCGCGUCUUCACCCCAAAUAAGGGUUACAUACUUAGCAAAAACAGUAGAGUUGUAAAAAAAUUCAAGAUAAAUUUUAGCAGAAAGAAUGUCCAAAAUUUGCUGCAGAAAAUUCCACAGAUAAAUUACCCCCUUCUAUCUGCCCCACUGGGAAUACUACUUCGUCUGGGUAACAUUUUCUCAUUCAUGUUAACUCUGAAUGCGUUGAAGUUGAUAAGGAAUGAACAUAGGAUUGUUCUGACAGACAUAACUGAUAAUAUAUGCUCGAAGAUAUUUUUGCUAAAUGCGAUAAAUGAUGUAGUGAGGAAAAUUCCUGAGGAAGCCCCUCAGUUGUGUAAAAUUUCCCUUUUUUGCGUCGCCCAGUUUUGUACUCAGAUUUUCUUUUCUCGUGUAACUGCUUAUUUGUUUUACGGAUGGAAAGAUAAUGGACAAAGGAGGGUGAAAAAUGAGGGUCAGGGGGAGCCCCUCAUCGACGGGCAAGGAGAGCGCGCUUCGGCAGCCGCAGGGGUUAUCUCGCAAGAUGAACAAGGAAGAAGGGAACCCGCAAUAACAACUGAUUUGAAUUGCCGAAAAACAAUCAAGAAUGCGGAAGAAGCGGGAAGGGAAGAAAAAGUAAACAUGCUACAGCACAUGUGCGUGCUAAACCAAUCCGGAUUGAUACCAAUAUUUGUGUACAACAACCUUUUGAAAAUUCUCCACUGGGAAGAAAAAAGCAUCUCCCUCUUUAUUAACUGUUAUGUGGUAAUUAGCGGCAUUCUAACAAAAAUUUAUGUAAAAUUUUUUGUUAAAAAAAAGAAAGAAGAAACAUCAAGCGAUAAGAUGAAGGGCAUUUGUCUGUCAUCCAUGUUCAGUUCCAUUGGGGGAAAUUCGUAUUUUUACGUCCUUUGCACUUCGAUUUUUUUCAAAAUAUUUAGCAGAGCUAAUGCAUUUUAUGAGCACUCCAUCAAGCAGUCAAUGGUUAUGUUAAACACCAUGUUGGCUCCAUCUGUCUAUGUGAUACUUUCUAAUAUUCUGUAUGAAGGAAUUAAAUUACCUUCUGCUAUAUCUUAUAAGGAUCUUCUGUACGUGUUGCAGAAUAAGUAUCUUCUGUUUCCGUCCCUCAUGUGGGCUAUGUUGCGCAUGAGCAAUCGAUACGGAGUUCUUAAGUUUGAUAAAAACUUACAGCUCUAUUUCCUAGUCCAAGCCAUGACCCCCCCAAGCUACAACCUCUUCCUCUUGGCGAAAAAUUAUGGGGAACCAAAUAGCAUUAGGAAGAUUCUCACUGUGUCCUACCCCCUAUAUCUCGGAGCCUUAUACUUUUAUGUCUUAGCCCUCUUUAGGUGUUUUAGGAAUUGA